AUGGCCAGUAAAACCAAGGCCAGCGAGGCCCUAAAGGUGGUGGCCCGGUGCCGCCCCCUCAGCCGGAAGGAGGAGGCUGCUGGUCACGAGCAGAUCCUGACCAUGGACGUGAAACUGGGCCAGGUGACCCUGCGGAACCCCCGCGCUGCCCCAGGGGAGCUGCCCAAGUCCUUCACCUUUGAUGCCGUGUACGAUGCCAGCUCCAAGCAGGCGGACUUGUAUGAUGAAACCGUGAGGCCCCUGGUAGACUCGGUGCUUCAGGGUUUCAAUGGCACGGUGUUUGCCUACGGCCAGACGGGCACUGGCAAGACCUACACCAUGCAGGGGACCUGGGUGGAGCCCGAGCUGCGCGGGGUCAUCCCCAAUGCCUUUGAGCAUAUCUUCACCCACAUCUCUCGCUCCCAGAACCAGCAGUACCUGGUCCGGGCCUCCUACCUGGAGAUCUACCAGGAGGAGAUUCGAGACCUGCUCUCCAAGGAGCCUGGCAAGAGGCUAGAACUAAAGGAGAACCCGGAGACCGGCGUCUACAUCAAGGACCUCUCCUCCUUCGUCACCAAGAAUGUCAAGGAGAUUGAGCACGUGAUGAACCUGGGGAACCAGACCCGGGCAGUGGGCAGCACUCACAUGAAUGAGGUCAGCUCCCGCUCCCAUGCCAUCUUUGUCAUCACGGUGGAGUGCAGUGAGCGCGGCUCAGAUGGUCAGGACCACAUCCGUGUGGGCAAGCUCAACCUGGUGGACCUGGCUGGCAGUGAGAGGCAGAACAAGGCAGGCCCCAACACAGCCGGAGGGACGGUCACGCAGUCCACGGGGAGUGGCGGUGGCGGUGGUGGUGGUGGUGGUGGUGGUGGUGGUGGAGAGAGGCCUAAGGAAGCCUCCAAAAUCAACCUCUCACUGUCUGCCCUGGGCAACGUGAUCGCUGCUCUGGCGGGGAACAGGAGCACUCACAUCCCUUACCGGGACUCCAAGCUGACCCGGCUGCUCCAGGACUCUCUGGGGGGGAACGCCAAGACCAUCAUGGUGGCCACCCUGGGGCCAGCUUCUCACAGCUACGACGAGAGCCUCUCCACCCUGCGCUUUGCCAACAGGGCCAAGAACAUCAAGAACAAGCCCCGGGUGAACGAGGACCCCAAGGACACUCUGCUGCGGGAAUUUCAGGAGGAGAUCGCCCGCCUGAAGGCCCAGCUGGAGAAGAAGGGGAUGCUGGGAAAGCGGCUCCGGAGGAAGAGCAGCCGCAGGAAGAAGGCUGUGUCAGCCCCAGCCGGGUACCCUGAGGGGCCAGUGAUAGAGGCCUGGGUGGCUGAAGAGGAGGAUGGCAGCAACAACAACCACCGCCCGCCCCAGCCUACCCUGGAGUCAGCCUUGGAUAAGAACAUGGAGAAUUACCUGCAGGAACAGAAGGAGCGUCUGGAGGAAGAGAAGGCGGCCAUCCAGGAUGACCGCAGCCUCGUGAGCGAGGAGAAGCAGAAGCUGCUGGAGGAAAAGGAGAAGAUGCUGGAAGACCUAAGGCGGGAGCAGCAGGCCACAGAGCUGCUCGCAGCCAAGUACAAGGCCAUGGAGAGCAAGCUCCUCAUCGGGGGCAGGAACAUCAUGGAUCACACCAAUGAGCAGCAGAAGAUGUUGGAGCUGAAGAGGCAGGAGAUUGCGGAGCAGAAACGCCGUGAACGGGAAAUGCAGCAGGAGAUGAUGCUCCGAGAUGAAGAGACCAUGGAGCUCCGGGGCACCUACACGUCCCUGCAGCAGGAGGUGGAGGUCAAAACCAAGAAACUCAAGAAGCUCUACGCCAAGCUGCAGGCGGUGAAGGCAGAGAUCCAGGACCAGCAUGAUGAAUACAUCCGCGUGCGGCAGGACCUGGAGGAGGCACAGAAUGAGCAGACCCGGGAGCUCAAGCUCAAGUACCUAAUCAUCGAGAACUUCAUCCCCCCUGAGGAGAAGAACAAGAUCAUGAAUCGGCUUUUCCUAGACUGCGAGGAGGAGCAGUGGAAGUUCCAGCCGCUCGUGCCAGCUGGAGUCAAUAACAGCCAAAUGAAGAAACGGCCAACGUCAGCCGUGGGCUACAAGAGGCCUAUCAGCCAGUAUGCUCGGGUUGCUAUGGCAAUGGGGUCCCACCCCAGGUACAGGGCUGAAAACAUAAUGUUUCUGGAGCUGGAUGUGUCCCCUCCAGCUGUCUUUGAGAUGGACUUCUCUCAUGACCAAGAACAAGACCCCCGUGCACUACACAUGGAGCGGCUUAUGCGGUUGGACAGCUUUCUGGAAAGACCCUCCACAUCUAAAGUUCGGAAGUCCAGGUCCUGGUGCCAGAGUCCUCAGCGGCCUCCACCCUCUACCACACACGCCUCACUGGCCUCCGCUGCUCUGCACCCCACAACAGUGCUAGACCAUGAGUGA